UGCGCGCUGCCGGUCUCCUUGGCGCGGCGCGGCGGAGGGCGAGCCCGGGCCUCAAGGAGAGGGAUCGGGACAAGGAGGAGCAGCAGGAGCAGCAGGAGCGGGGACUGCCGCUGCCGCCGCCAUGCUCCUGUGCGCUGUUCUGCGCGCCGCGGCCGCACACUCGGCAAGACAGAUCCGAUACUUGCACGGAACAGCAGAGCGCAAUGCCACUGGAGCCUUAUUUGUGCAUAGAGAUAGUCCUGAAAACAAUCCAGAUACUCCCUUUGAGUUCACACCUGAUAACCUAAAGCGAAUAGAAGCGAUCAUAAACAACUACCCAGAGGGACACAAGUCUGCAGCUGUCAUGGCAAUACUGGAUUUGGCCCAAAGACAGCACGGAUGGCUGCCCAUAUCAGCUAUGAACAAGGUGGCUGAAGUUUUAGAAAUGCCUCCCAUGAGAGUCUAUGAAGUAGCAACCUUCUACACCAUGUACAAUCGCAAACCUGUUGGGAAAUACCACAUUCAGGUCUGCACCACCACGCCAUGCAUGCUGCGAGACUCUGACAGCAUUUUAGAAGCCAUUAAGAAGAAACUUGGUAUUAAAGUUGGGGAAACAACAUCUGAUAAGCUCUUCACGCUGAUAGAAGUGGAAUGUUUAGGUGCUUGUGUAAAUGCACCAAUGGUACAAAUAAAUGACAAUUACUAUGAAGAUUUGACACCCAAAGAUAUUGAAGACAUAAUUGAUGAGCUGAAGGCUGGCAAAGUUCCCAAACCAGGCCCAAGGAGUGGACGUUUUUCUUGUGAGCCAGCUGGUGGCCUUACUUCCCUGACUGAACCACCCAAAGGACCAGGUUUUGGAGUUCGAGAUGAUCUCUAAGGAUUUUUGUAAUAUAAGAUAAACUGUCUGAAAAGAAUAAAAUAUCUUCAAUCUCAGUAAAGUUAUGCACAUUCUAAUGUUUUGCUUUUAAAAAUUAACAGCAAUUAGACUAUCUAACUUACUGUGGUUUUAACUACAGCACAGUUUAAUCACAAUUCCAGAUUAUAAGAAAAGUGGUUCUGUAGACUGUGUAAAGUGACUCCCUGAGCAUGUCCACUUACAGUCAACGAGAGAUGAAAUGUUGCAUCUUUUGAUCUGUCAUUGAAAAUUUCAGCUUUUUUUAAAGCUCUUUGAAGAAGCAACAAAACUAAAUUACAAAUCUGGCAAAGGCACAAGGAACCAAACUGAAAGGAGAUCAUCUGACAAAACUUCAUUGAGUUACUUUUAUUGGCAAUUUAUAAUCAAACAAACACACACAAACAGGAAAGGUUAUCUGAGCUGUGUUGUAUAAAAAAAUCUCAUAGGUUCAGUUAGAAGUGGUUCUUCUUAAGCUUAAUGCUUCUUAAUAUCAUUCUGUAAUCAGGAAAAAUGUAAAGCCCCAAAGAGCAGCAGUAUUCUACUAAAAGAAUUAAUAGCAACAGAAACCA